AUGGAUAGAGACCCAUUUGAACAGGUUGCACAGGAUACUAGAGACCAAAUUCAAAGGUUGUCGGUCUUUCUACAAAACAACUCCCACAAUGAAGUCGAUAACGAGGUGAACGAGGUAAUGCAAGACAUCGAAGAAACCAUUGAGGAUUUGGAAAAAUCCCUGGAGGUGAUAGAAAGAAGUGGUAAGAGUACACUGGGCCGUAAGAACGAGGUGGAUUCCUUGAAAAGCGCGUAUGAGAAGUUAAAAUUGGGGGUGACGAACAGCACCAGUAGUGCCAGUAAUACCGACAAUGUGGUAUGGCAACAGGAGGAGGAAGAACGAGAAGCCAAUGCAUUACAAAGACCUAUGCGGGACAACUACGACAACCCAUUCCAAGAGCAGAUGCUCAGGGAACAAGAUGUUCAAUUGGACAGCAUUCACCAUACAAUGACAAACCUACAUCUACAAGCCCAAACGAUGGGGGACGAACUACAGGACCAGGGUGAGCUGCUGCAGGACAUGGACACAAACAUGGACACUAUCGGCAAUAAGCUGUCGAGAGGCCGCAGGCAGUUAGAAUGGAUUUACGAGCGUAACAAAGAAAAAUACAACGACUGCUGCAUAAUGCUACUAAUAAUCGCAUUAAUAGUACUUCUAGUACUUGCAUUUAUCGCAUAA